CAACUACCCAGCUUACUUUGGCAGCGGCACUAAACUGACAGUGUUAGAACCAGGGCAGGCAGUCAAGUCACCAAUAGUGAAAGUGUUCAGACCAUCAUCAAAAGAGUGUCGAAACCCGAUAGACAAUGAAAGAGAGAAGACCUUAGUUUGUGUGGCCAGUGAUUUCUACCCGGACCAUGUCAGUGUUUACUGGCAGAUUAUUCAACUGAAUGUCACCAGUGGUGUGAAUGUCACCAGAGGUGUGACAACAGACGAAGCUGCCCUGCGGAAGGACAAAGUCUACACAAUCACCAGCAGACUGAAGGUCUCUGCCGAAGACUGGUACAAACCCGAGUGGAAUUUUGAGUGCAUCGUCCGCUUCUUCAAUGGGACACAUGAUACUUAUCAUAAGGACUCAAUCUCUGGUGAACAAGGUCCAGACAUCCUGACCAGAGAAAAAUAUCUGAGGAUCACUCGUCAAGCCAAACUCUCCUACAGCGUGUUGAUCAUCAAGAGCAGCGUCUACGGAGCCUUCGUGGCCUUUUUGGUUUGGAGACUCCAGAGUUCAACUGAAAAGCAGAACUGAGACCUGAGCGGAGAGGAAAAUUAACUUUGACUUAAUGUAAAUAAAACUGAAAACAUAGUGGCUAUAUUUCUAUAAAGCUGAAUGUUGCAGUGUAUUUUUACUCAUUUAUAAAUUAGCUAUUGAAAUUCUGCACAAAGUAGUGAACAGGUUCUCUGCUUAUUCUAAUCAAAAACUUAAAUCUAUGACUGGCAUGCAGAUAGUUUGGCAUCAGGGUUUUUAUUUUUCUGCGUAUUUGUUUUUGGUAGUGAAUUAAUUGUUUGCUUAUUUUUUUUUGUCAAUAAAAGU